GUCGUCAGCGAGAGAAGUCGACAAUGCGAAUCGGAGUUUUAAUCGUUGUGCUUUGCCUGCAGGUAUACAGUGCCUUGGUCAUAUUGCCACUUCUUUCGGAAGUCAAGAGUAGGCUUCUGAAUUCUACUGCAGACAAAAUCAAGCAGGCCUUUUCGUUGACCUAUAACAUAGGAUCAUUGAUGGAGAUUUUCGGGGACAGUAGACGGAGAAAUGCAUCCCUGGACAAUCAAACUGGCCUAUUCAAGGCUGGCUUAGACUUCCUGCCCAAAUAAUCAAACGAAAGCGCUGGUUUGUCUAAACGAAACUUCUUUUAGAUCUACAAACACGUUUGCAAUAAACUUUUGUUUUAUCAUAUCGU